UUGUGUAUCCGGCAGUUAGCCUCGUCCUCGCCGUUGAUGAAACGAUGGCCAGCAAUUCAAAACAACCACCGAAAAUUGUCUCCAAAUCAUCUGCGGGAGGCGCCGGGGCGGCGGGGGUCGGCGGUGCCCCCCCGAUAAUGCCCCUCGCCUCUCCGCUCAUGGGGAAAAAGAAGAAGCCGUUUCUGGGGAUGCCCGCUCCGCUAGGCUACGUCCCCGGUCUGGGCAGAGGUGCAACUGGUUUCACCACUCGAUCUGAUAUCGGUCCUGCUCGUGAUGCCAAUGAUCCAGUGGAUGACCGACAUGCCCCUCCAGGGAAAAGGACAGUUGGGGACCAGAUGAAAAAGAACCAGGAUGAUGAUGAUGAAGAUUUGAAUGACACGAACUAUGACGAGUUCAAUGGUUACGCAGGUAGCUUGUUCUCCAGCGGGCCCUAUGAGAAAGAUGACGAAGAAGCAGAUGCUAUAUAUGCAGCAUUGGACAAGAGGAUGGAUGAAAGACGGAAAGAAAGAAGGGAACUGAGAGAAAAGGAGGAGAUAGAGAAAUACCGUAUGGAGCGACCCAAAAUCCAGCAGCAAUUUUCAGAUCUAAAGAGGAAGUUGGCAGAGGUGUCCGAGGAGGAGUGGCUGAGCAUCCCUGAGGUGGGAGAUGCCAGAAAUAAGCGCCAGAGAAAUCCCCGCUAUGAGAAGCUCACCCCCGUCCCCGACAGCUUCUUCUCCAAACACCUGCAGAGCGGAGAGAACCACACCACUGUUGACCCUCUGCAAGGGCUGGGAGGUCUGAACACACCUUACCCAGGAAGCAUGACACCAGGGACAGGAGAGCUGGACAUGAGGAAAAUCGGCCAGGCCAGAAACACACUCAUGGAUAUGAGGCUCAGCCAGGUGUCUGACUCAGUGAGCGGACAGACAGUGGUGGAUCCUAAGGGUUACCUGACAGAUCUCAACUCCAUGAUCCCCACACAUGGAGGAGACAUCAGUGACAUCAAGAAGGCUCGUCUGCUUCUUAAAUCGGUGAGGGAGACCAAUCCUCAUCACCCACCUGCUUGGAUUGCCUCUGCCAGGCUGGAGGAGGUGACGGGCAAACUGCAGGUGGCCAGGAACCUGAUCAUGAAAGGCACAGAGAUGUGUCCUAAGAGUGAGGAUGUGUGGCUGGAAGCAGCCAGACUCCAGCCCGGCGACACAGCCAAAGCUGUGGUAGCCCAGGCUGUCCGCCACCUGCCGCAGUCCGUCCGCAUCUACAUCAGAGCCGCAGAGCUGGAGACAGACAUCAGGGCCAAGAAAAGAGUCCUCAGGAAGGCCCUGGAGAAUGUGUCCAAGUCAGUGCGAUUGUGGAAGACAGCUGUUGAGCUGGAGGAGCCAGAAGAUGCCAGGAUCAUGCUUAGCAGAGCUGUGGAGUGUUGUCCUACCAGUGUGGAGCUGUGGCUGGCACUGGCCCGGUUAGAAACGUACGAGAAUGCCCGGCGUGUCCUGAACAAAGCUCGAGAGAACAUCCCCACGGAUCGCCACAUCUGGAUCACUGCCGCCAAGCUGGAGGAGGCCAAUGGCAACACUCAGAUGGUGGACAAGAUCAUUGACAGAGCCAUCACAUCUCUGCGCGCCAACGGUGUGGAGAUCAACAGAGAGCAGUGGAUACAGGAUGCAGAGGAGUGUGACAAAGCAGGCAGUGUAGCUACCUGCCAGGCUGUGAUCAGAGCUGUCAUAGGGAUUGGCAUUGAGGAGGAGGACCGCAAACACACCUGGAUGGAGGAUGCAGAUAGUUGUGUGGCCCAUGGAGCACUGGAGUGUGCCAGGGCAAUCUAUGCCCAUGCUCUGCAGGUGUUCCCCAGUAAGAAAAGCGUCUGGCUUAGAGCGGCCUACUUUGAGAAGAACAACGGCACCAGGGAGUCAUUGGAGGCCCUGCUACAAAGGGCCGUGGCUCACUGUCCCAAGGCAGAGGUCCUGUGGCUGAUGGGGGCCAAGUCCAAGUGGCUGGCUGAGGAUGUGCCUGCAGCCAGAAGCAUUCUCGCUCUGGCCUUUCAGGCUAACCCAAACAGUGAGGAGAUCUGGCUGGCUGCUGUCAAGCUGGAGUCUGAGAAUAACGAGUAUGAAAGAGCCCGUCGACUGCUGGCCAAGGCUCGCAGCAGUGCCCCAACAGCAAGGGUGUUUAUGAAGUCAGUGAAGUUGGAGUGGGUGUUGGGAAACAUAGAGGCUGCCCAGGAGUUAUGCACUGAGGCCCUGAAACACUACGAAGACUUCCCCAAACUUUGGAUGAUGAGAGGCCAGAUAGAAGAACAGUGUGAAAACAUGGACAAGGCCAGGGAAGCCUACAACCAAGGGUUGAAAAAGUGUCCCCACUCUGUGGCCCUGUGGCUGCUGCUGGCCCGUCUAGAAGAGAGAGUGGGACAGCUGACCAGAGCUAGAGCAAUCCUGGAGAAGGCACGACUCAAGAACCCCCAGAGCCCUGAGCUAUGGUUGGAGUCGGUGAGGCUGGAGUUCCGGGCCGGACUGAAGAACAUCUCCAACACACUGAUGGCCAAAGCCCUGCAGGAAUGUCCCAAUUCAGGUAUCCUGUGGGCUGAGGCGGUGUUUUUGGAGGCCAGGCCCCAGAGGAAGACUAAGAGUGUGGAUGCUUUGAAGAAGUGUGAACAUGAUCCCCAUGUUUUGCUUGCUGUAGCCAAAUUGUUCUGGAGCGAGCGUAAGAUCACCAAAGCCAGAGAGUGGUUUCUGAGGACAGUAAAGAUUGAGCCAGACCUGGGAGAUGCCUGGGCUCUCUUCUACAAGUUUGAGCUGCAGCAUGGCACAGAGGAACAGCAGGAAGAGGUGCGAAAGCGCUGUGAGAAUGCGGAGCCCCGCCAUGGAGAGCUGUGGUGUGCCGAGUCCAAACAUGUCCUGAACUGGCAGAAGAAGACAGGAGAGAUCUUAGCAGGGGUAGCCAGCAAGAUCAAGAACACAUUCUGAGACUGGGGAAAUUUGGACUGAAAACACCUGGAGGACAACUAUGGACAUGCUCAACUAUUGUUUUCUACCAGGACUUGCCCAUGUGCGGUAGAUGCAAAGUAUUCACACAUACCCUCACACCUUUUCAAGGUUUAUUGUUUUGUAAAACUGAAACACAGUUUGUGGAUUUAUCAAGAGAAAAUUACAAUUUAAUGUCAAAGUUGAAACAAAGCACCAAUGAAAAAACUCUAGCAGCAGUAGUAGGUAUGUGGAUAGUUCUGUGGAGCCAUUUCUACAUAGCUUUGAUUUCAUGUUUGAGGUAUUUGUCUUGCUGGGAAGGACUCCCAUCCUGCCUGCAAACUGCUGCAGGUUCUUCUCAUUUGACCCAGAGCCUGCAUCAAAGAAGAACCCCCACACUAUGAGGCUAUGGUUGCCUCCAUCGCUUCACGGUGGAGUGUUUCUGGGCGCAUGGCUUGCUUUGCUCGCCUCCCCAAGAAUUGUUUAGUAGGAUGGUGAAAAGUUCAAUUUCAGUCUCAUUAGACCACAGAACAUUCCUCCACUUUGUUUCAGUCUCCCACAUGCCUUCUGGCAAACACUAGCUCAGAUGUUACAUGAGCAGUUUGCGUCUCCUUGCAACACAAGCUGCACCUGGUGAAUCACCCGGGCAACUAUUGUUUGAAUAUUUUCCGAAUAACUAAAGAGACACACCUACUCCACUGAGACAUGAAUCUGUAAAUCAACCUUUAGCACAGUUUCUGAAGGCAAAAUGUUAAUAUAUGGAUUCAUGAAUUAAAUGGUUGCAUCAGUGUUGAGCGUGCAACUGUGUCCUUUAAGCUUCUGAUGUAUGUACAGCUCCAUCAGAGUUAUACUGUGUAACUCAUCACAUAUUGAGCAUCUCAGUAACUUUCAUGCGCAGUAUCAGAUGUGUUUGGAAUGUUCCUUUGUCUGUGCAAAGUAGUUUUUGCCCUGAAAUCGAGCUGAUGAAUUUUCCAGAUGUGUAUGUAACCUAAACUUGCCAGUGUGCUACUUGUUAGGUAGUAUCAAUUAAUUUGAGUGCAGGUGGUACAUGAGGCAGUAAGUAUUGGCAUUGAAUACAUGUCUGUUAAUGAGGGAGCAGAAACAGGUGAUGUAAAUACAAUAUUAUAAAUACAUUCAUGUAAAGAAGGGCAAUGUUAUGAACAUAGCCACCCCCUGUUAACAUCUUAGCAAACUGUCUUUGCAGCUGAGCUUUAAUUUCAUCUUCCGACAGCUUUCAAGUGAUCGGCCAAAACCAUACUGUAACCAGCACCUGUGUAAAAUACAUGUCACUGGUCUCUAUUGUUUGGCUCUACUGUUAGUCCACAUGGUAUUUUGUUUAACUGCUCCAAGAGCCACUGAUUCACAUAGGCAGAAGUGGCAUGCGACUAAGUUUUAGAGCACAUCCACUGGUCACUCCUUGGUUACACACAGGUUAUCUGCCUGCAACAUACAGUGUGAAUUCUGACAAUAAGUGGCUGCACCUGUAUGAUGUAGGUAUGUUAAAGUAAAUGGGGUCAAAGGUUAGAGGUAAACAGUUGAUUUGUUUUAUAUUUGUACCAAAUUAGGAUGACUUUGUUGGUUUGUUUUCACUUUGACAUUGGACUAUGUUUCUGCUGGCGAGUGUUGAAAUUAUGAUUUCAUUUGUUGUUGUGAAAGUUGUAAAAUAAACCUGAGCAUUAAAGGUCCAGUGUGUCGGAUUUAGGAGCAUCUAUUGACAGAAAUAGAAUGUAAUAUUCAUAGCUAACAGAGUGCGUCUUCUUCCACAGUGUCUGCUAUGUUGUUCCACGGUAGGCCAGAGUGGACAAACCAAACACUGGCUCCAGAUGCUUGGCUCGCUGAAGAGUUCCAGUUAGUUGCAGUGUGCAACUUCAGAGCUAGAUGCCACUGAACCCCACACACUAGACCUUUAAAUAAGCACUGACAGAAAAAUAUACAAAACAUUAUCAAGAAAUUGUUGAGGAAUUUUAUUUUCAUGUCCAGAUUUGACUGUUUAGUCGUUGUAUAUAAACUCCCCGUCAGGGAUUAUUACUUGAUUUCUCAUGUGGUAUUGACAAUGUGCUUUUUACAUAGCUUUUUUGAAAUGUGUUGAAAUACUUUGCCGACAUCCAAUAAACAAAAUAACACA